UCUUCUUUGUCUGAACGGUCGUGUGCCUUGAUCUAUCCAAUAUCCGCGCGUCCUGUUCGCAUCUCACUCAGCUCACAUACUUACUGUGCCUGCAUCUCCUGCUUGAACUGUCAUCUGUUCCCCCAAAGUACUACGUUUAGCCACCACUGAAGUACCAUAUCAAUUUCUCUUCAGUCCAUUACUUCUCUCUACAAUCAUGGCUCCUCAAACAGCUACAUCCAGCAUUGCCAUGGCCCUUGCUGGCAAGACGGCCUCUGUUGAUAUCCCUAAGCCCCGUUCCGGCUUCUCUUCUGGCAGACGUGACUCUGUCCGUCCAGGACAUCCUGCGAUGUUGCCCACGCCUCCCAACUCCAUCUCCCCGACUCUUCCUCCGCAGGCUUUCAAGGAACAAGAUCCUCGCCGUCCCGGUUCUCCUCCACUUGCCACUUCGCCCCAUGUGGAUUCUGAUAUCGACCUGGGCGACGCUGCGAAUGACCAGCGUCAGUCUGCGCACGACCUGGAUAACGUGGGAGAAAUCACUCCGAGCAUGUUGGCCAGGUAUCACUUGCCCGAGAUCAUGCUCAACCAAGGUCCUCUGGCUAUCCGUCAUGUCAUGGCGUACCUGACCACUUCGGUGCCCGGACUUGUCGUGGCAGCGUUGGAGGGCCGAGGAAAUGAGGGAGGAGGCCUAAACGGCGAUGUCAUUUUCGAGAAAGUGGGUUGGGGCCGCUGGGAUGCGCGACGCCGUGGCGAACCCUUGCGCAACCCCUCGCAUUCAACAGCGUCACCACCCGCCAGUUUCUCGAACUCGUUUACUCAGCGAGGUAUGGCCAUUCCGACCAGGCGAGAACCCGCAUAUACCUAUGGAAGCAGCAUGACUGGUGAUUCAGCCGUGUUCUCGUACACAGAACGAGAGCAUGGACAUGGGGAUCUCAGCAUGCUGGAACACGAAGCAGACAAGAUGUCUCUCGACGGAGACGACCGCGAAUAUUGCUCAUCUUCGGAGGCUCCUGAUGAAGAGAUCCCAGAUGAAGACUGGGGUGAGGAGGAUGUCACCGACGAGGAGGACUGGGCGCAGAUAGGAGCCGCAGCACUUCGUGCACGUUCACUGAACGGAGGAGGAGGGUUCCUAAAUAGCAACGGACCAUCACCUCUAUUACGAGGCGGGGGACCUGCUCCGUCCUCGUUGGCGAAAUCCGCGCCGCGACAUAUUCCCAUUCAACAGCUUGGCUUUUCCGUGCCUGACAGCAUGGUUGGCAACAAGGAAGAACGCGCCGCGGUGGAAGCGUUGUUAAGACUUGGAUCUAUGUGAACUUCAGCAACAGGAAAAAUGGCGUUGGUACGGAUGGUUUAAACUCGGGUACAUCUUUGACGACUUGAUUUUUACCUCCUAUGAUUUCGGAGGCGGGAUGAUCAUCAUCCCCGAUCAUCCCGACUUUUUACGAUUUAUUAUGACAAGCUCUCGGAAAAUCAGGUUGCCAAAUAUUCAACACGGCACUCGCGAUCUGGCUGGCUCGAUCGAAUGGUCUUUAAUUGCAUUGGGAUCUGGAAUUCACAGGGAUCGGGUCACGGAGUUUCUGGGUAUGGGGUUUUAUGGGUGUUACUCCCUUUUAAUACCAAGCUUGAGUGCACACAACUCAGCUUUCGCUUUUGCAUUUUAUACAUCUGGGUUUUGCAGUCUAUUUAUGCCAUACUGCUCCCAUUUCAUUUAUUUAUGCAUGUGCCUGGC